UUUGACUUUGAGAAAGAAGAUAAAGAUCUGACUGGUUCAGAGGAGGAUGUUGCUGAUGAAAAGACUCCAGUAAUUGAAAAACAUGGGAAAAAAGGAUCUGGAUGAAUAGUUGAAGAUGUGGGAAGUGAAGUACAGAAUAUGCUGGAAAAAUUUGGAGCUGACAUCAACAAAGCUCUUCUUGCCAAAAGAAAAAGAAUAGAAAUGUACACUAAAGCUUCUUUCAAAGCCAGUAACCAGAAAAUCGAGCAAAUUUGGAAAACACAACAAGAGGAAAUACAAAAGCUUAACAGUGAAUCUUCUCAGCAAUUUUUGAGUGUGUUGCAGCAGUGGGAACUGGAUAUGCAGAAAUUUGAGGAACAAGGAGAAAAACUAACUAAUCUUUUUCGUCAGCAACAGAAGCUUUUUCAGCAGUCUAGAAUUGUUCAGAGCCAGAGACUGAAAGCAAUCAAACAGCUACAUGAGCAGUUCAUAAAGAGUUUGGAGGAUGUGGACAAAAAUAAUGAUAAUCUAUUUACUGGCACACAAAGUGAACUUAAAAAAGAAAUGGCUAUGUUGCAAAAAAAAGAUGGCAAAUGUUCGAAAGUCUCUUCAGUCCAUGUUAUUCUGAUGAAUCUUUGA